UCGUGUGUAUUUGGCACUGAAAGGAGGGCGUGGAGAGUUUAUAUAAAGGAUACCUGCAAGACACUCAUUGGCAAAAGCGGGGAUCGCAGUGUAACCGAUACUGUAACACAUCACACCGAUUGAACAGGCGUCCCGCUAAAAUACUGAAGAGCUCAGCUCAGGCUGCAGGCUUUUUAAAACUUGUUACACUUCCUCACCCUUGACAUGUCGCAACUGCAAGAAAGCACCGAGACUCUACAUUAUUCGGUGGGCAUCCUCUCUACAUGUGCAGGUGCGCUGUUGUUGGCUGUGGAUCGUUACAGCACAGCGCUGUUGAUUCCCAGCACGGCUCUCGGAAUUCUGUUACUGAUAGUGGCGGCUCUUGUCGGUUAUACAGGCAUAAGGAAGUAUUCAAAUCAUGCUGUGCUAUUUGUGAACUUGUGUCUGACAGUCUCAGCUCUCUGGUGUGGAACUGGCCUUAUUCAUAUAUUGACUGGGGAGAUGGUCAUCCAAGAUGAUGGGAUCAGGAAUGCAUUGGUCCCUGGCUAUUCAGCUUUCACCUUGGGUCUUUUCAUCAUGGGGCUGAUAGGAUUAAUCCAAAAGGAAGUGAUCCUUGCCAUGAUUGCUUUUGCCAUCUCUCUUGCUACUGCGCAUGAAAUUGCUGCAUUAUAUGAUCAAUCUUUUGGGCAUUCUGCAGUAGGUUUAAAUUAUUUAGUUGUUUCCUUUAUAGGGCUUUAUUUUGGAUUGGGUCGAGUUUGUGAAUUCUUUAGCAAAGGAAAAAUCAUUUUCCCAGGGACAUGUCUGCAUAAGAAUAAUUCCUAUCUGAAAUCAGAAACCAUCAAAAAUGAUGUAAUUGUUCUAGGAUACAUCACAAACAUGCUAUCUGCCAGUGUGUUAGGAUGUCAGGUUUUGGGUGUAACUACCAGUCUGUUUGUUGGCCAAGUCCCCUGGCUAUGGACAGCAGCUGUCUAUCAAAUUGUUGUUUGUAUUUUGUCUUAUAGAGCCAAUGACAGUCUGAUUGCUACAUUCUUUGGUUUCACCUCAAUAUUAAAAUUUGCAGAAGGCUAUGCUUUACUUUACAAGCUCUGGCAAGACGAUCAACCCUUCUUCCCAGUUCCUGCUCCUAUUGUUCUUGCAGUGCUCUUUUUCAUUCUGGCCCUGUUUAUGACUGGCAGAAGUCUUGUUGAUGGAAUUUAUUUACUUAUUUUUGUUUCCUAUUGUAUAUCAGUGGCAUCUAACUCAACUGGUUUCUUUCAUGGUGGUGCACAAGGCGUCAGUGUAGCUAUAUUUGUGGCAUCUGCUUGCUUAGUUUUCAUUUCCCUUUUCAAUAGUAUUGGAUUCAUUACUAUUCCCACUGGAAAGGGGCUCAUAAAGGAUUUUCUCAUUAGGAUGAAUACAUUAACACCAAAGUCAGAUAAAGACACCCAAAACCCUUAUUUGGGAUAUUCCAAAUACUCGGAUGCUGAAAUUUUAGCCCAUGCUUGUAAUGUUGUAGCUGCUUUUGCUAUCACCGUAUCAGUCAAUACUUCUGCACCUUUAGCCACUGUUGUCGUACCCUGGAUUAUCAUUCCUGGGGGAGUUCUUCAGCUUCUGUGUGGUUCAAUUUCUUUUUCUCGGGGCAAAACCCUGGAAAGUUGUGCUUUCAUCUUGUAUGGCUUAAUAUGGAUAAUCUGGGGAUUGACCAGAUAUGGUGGUCUCUAUGGAUCUACUAGGGGAUUUGGUAUUGCAGUAGGAAUUAUUUGUUUCUUGCUUUUUAAUGGCUUUGUGGUGAUAGGGACUUUCUUUCUUAAUGCUGCAUGGUUUGCCUUUACUCUCAGCUUUCAGCUGAUUCUGAUCAGUUUUCUUUUGGAUGCAGUUAAUUCAAAUCCUUUUGGAUAUGAUAUUGGGGUCACCAUCAUUUUUGGUUUAGUUAGUUUUUACUGCUUUCUGGCCACCCUGUUUAACCAGAGCUUUGAGCGACCCCAGUUGCCCUUGGGACAUGCCUGGGCCAGCCUCUGUGGAUUUGGACAGAGCAACUCCACAUGUCCUCAUUUGUCUUCCAGAAAAACCAGCUCAGUGAGAAAAAUUGCAGAGAUAAUGAGAAAUGGAGGCACGUGUGGUAUUCCUACAGACACUGUGUAUGUGUUGGUGGCAGCUUGCAACUGUCCCGAUGCUGUUGAAAAGGCUUACAAUACAAAGAAACAAGCCAAGGAGAGGCCAAUGUCUUUAUGGAUCUCCAAUGUCAACCAACUAGAACCAGCAAAACAUUUGUUGAGCCCUCUACUCUGGGACCUCAUGCAGAAAGUUUGGCCUUCAUCUGUCAGCCUUGUCAUCCCCAGAGGAGAGUGGUUGAACUUAUUUGGACUGCAACAUGCAGAAAAAUACAUUGGAACUCCUCAGAGCAUUGCCAUAAGAAUUCCAGACUGCACUGUUACUACACACCUCAUUGAUCAGGUGGGGCCUAUAGCAGUGACAUCAGCAAACCCAACUGGAGAAGCAGACACCACUCACCACAAUCAAGUCUAUGCCAAACUCGGCAACAAGGUUGAUGCUGUAUUGUGUGAUGGUCCUUCACCAGAAAACAUCGCCUCUACAGUUGUGGAUUGCACCAAAAUAGAGACAGGGACACUGGGUUUCUUUCGAGUUGGCCUUGUGCCCAAAUCACAGGUCUUGCAGCUGUUCGAAGAAGUGAAGAAGAAACAUCUAAAGGGCCAAAUUAAUGACAGCUUCAACCAGGAUGAAACAGAAUGUUGCACAUUUCAGCAUUUGGAAGUGACCACCGCCUAUGAUAAUGCUGUCAUCAUAAACGAUGAAAACGAGAACAAGUUGUAACAUACAGAUAUUACUGAAGCAAUGUUUAUAUUGUUCGCAUUUUCACUUGAAUGUGCCAGUAUGAACUCCAACAUCUGUUAAACAAUCACACGAUGGAUUCCAUUUUCCUCUUCACCUCUUUCCUGAAGAGUAUUACGAGCACCUGACCAUUCUUACUGGGUCUAGGCAAUGAAUAUGAACAAGCUGUUGAACAAGGAGGAACCACAGACCUGUUUGAUGUAAUCGAACUCUGUCCUUCUCCGUCAUCAUCAUACAUGUUCUCCUGUAUUUUCCUUCUCAGUGUGAAGCAGUUCAAUUGUAUGAAUUAUUAAAUACUCUGUAGUCAGUGGAAGUAGCCACUGGAAGAUUUUGUA